AUGAACCAUUUUGCAGGUUACGACGCCUCUGUAGAUGUUCACGACACAACGACAGGUGUCCACCCUCCCAUGUUACCUCCUCAACAUGUGGUUCCACAACGAUGUCCUUCCCCGGAUUCACUACUAUCAGACCCUAAUGACAGCGGUAUUCUCGCACCCCCAGAUGCAGACCAUCUAGAUGACGAAGACACCGGGCUGAGCACAGAAACCGUCGCACGGCUCAAAUUCCCACUGCAGUUCACGCUUUCGCUUGAGGGGAUUACCACUGCCGCCGUCAAGCUCUACCUUCCACAUUCAGCUUCAGAUAAGGAUGCGUAA